GCGAGUAAAGACUUUAUCUUUAAAAUCUUCAAAAUAACAUUAACGAACGAUAACUCGCCGUCCACGUGCCACGUGGAAUCCGGGUCACAUUCGCAUCAAACAAAUGUCGGAUCUACUAAAUACAUAGAUAGAUAGAAAGAUAGAUAGAUAAUUAGAUAGAUAGAUAGAUAGAUAGAUAGAUAGGUAUAUAGAUAGAUAGAUAGACAUGGAGAGAAGACAUGGAUGAUGAUGAGAAUGAUGAUGAUGAUGAUGAUGAUGAUGAUGAUGAUGAUGAUGAUGAUGAUGAUGCUGAUGAUGAUGACGAUACUGAUGAGGGAACAGGAGGUCAAGGGAAGGAAAGUAAAAUCAGGGGAGGAAGAGAAGAGAAGGCGGAGGCAAACGAGGAGCAGGAAGAGAAGCCAGAGGCCGUGAUAGCGGGAGAUAAAGAUAUGGCGGAGGGGGAGGGGGAUGACGACGAGGAUAAUGGAAGAGAUGAUGAUGAUGAUGAUGAUGAUGAUGAGGAGGAGGAGGAGGAGGAUAAUGGAAGAGAAGAUGAUGAUGAUGAUGAUGAUGAUGAUAAUGAUGAUGAUGAUGAUGAUGAGGAGGAGGAGGAGGGAGAUGAUGACGAGCAGGAAGAGAAGCAAGAGAUCUCCAUCACCAAAAAUGCCCACGUGGCUGACUAUGGCGGCAAGAGAGCGGCAAUCGACACGUACAGCUGGCUCCACAAGGGCGCAUUUGGCUGCAGCAGAGAGAUCUGUCGGAAUCUGCCCACUCGACGGUACAUUGAUUACUGUAUGCAUCGUGUGAACUUGCUUCGGCAUAAUGGUGUGAAACCAAUCAUGGUGUUUGAUGGUGGGCUUCUCCCCAUGAAAGCCAGUCAAGAAGCCAAACGAAGGAGGAAUCGUGCAGAAAAUCUGGAGAGGGCAUAUGAACAUGAAAAGGCAGGCAAUCUUGCUGCUGCACAUGAAUGCUAUCAGCGAGCGGUGGACAUAUCGCCCGCCGUUGCCUUGGAGCUCAUCAAGGUGUUGCGGCAGGAGAAUGUGGAUUUCAUUGUGGCGCCUUAUGAGGCGGAUGCACAGUUGGCGUUUCUUGCCAUUCAAGGCCAUGUGCAUGUUGUCAUUACGGAGGACUCGGACCUGAUCGCAUAUGGCUGCCCACGGCUAGCACUGAUGUCGACGGAACAAGACACCGGGGCACUGCCACGACGCAGUGCCAGGCUUGCAGUUCGUACCCGCCCUGCGGUACCUCCAAGACCCAAGCGACUCAGCAAGCGGAAGACUCCAGCAGCAUCAAGUACAGCAAUAACAGUACCGGUCACCACCGGAGUUCUUCCCGCAUGCCCGGUCCAAGGGGCCGGCGAGCCGUUGGCAGCUUACCUUCAGCGGGUACAGGCAUUCACUGAUGCCGUAGCUACCGCUAAGGCACAAGAGGAAGCAGCAGAGGCGGAACGUCAGCGGCUGGCCAGUGAGGCGGCAGCCCAAGCUCAGCAGACUGCUGAGGCUGACGCCGUGGUGCAAGAUAAGCGGAACGCCAUUUGCAUGGAGUCCCUGACUAUGAAUGAGAGUCAAUGGAGGACAAUGCUCCAAGGCAUGCUGUUUGUGCCUUCGGAAGCACAGGCGGAUCCGACAACGGCGGAGGAAGAAAGGAGCAACCUGGCGAAUCUGAUGUUGAACAUGAUGCGGGCGAUUAUGUGGAACAAUGCGAUGUUAAUGGUGCAAAUACACGAGGGCAGACAGUUGCGACAGAUUCAGCAGAAUGAUUCUGCAGCCUUAACAGCUGCUAUUCGCGCUGCCGCCACACAUCAGCAACUACAGCAACAGCUGUUGAACACCACCACCGCACGCGUCAACAACAUCGAGGCUAAGACCUCAGCAGCGCCAGGCUGCACGACAGACGAGACAAAGCAGCUCAAUGGGCGCAUCGAUCACGUCGUCAAACUCAUCGGCGACAUAGGUGUUUUCAAUGGGUCGGACACGAUCAGUAGCACGGUGGCCGCCAUCAAGACGGACAUCACCAAGCUGCAGACGAGACCGGACGCCGCUACGAAGACUUACAAGAUGCCGCACUUUGACAUCAGCAAGUUCGGCGACUACAACAAGUCGGACGCCUUGACAUGGUGGCAACGUUUCCUCACGGAGGCAUCAUGCCGCACUGUCCCGGCGGACGACAUGAUGAAGGCGCUCUACUUACAACUGAUUGGAGGAGCGCAGGCUUGGAUGAACCAUCUGACGGCUACAAACAACUGCACCAUCGCCGAACUCCACACGCACAUCACGUGGAAGGAGUUCGAGAAGCUAUGGUUCACCCGGUUCAUGGUCCGCAACGUCGUGAAGGCGGCCAUGAACGAGGUGUACACCUGCUCUCAAGGGAAUAUGCCAACUCGAGACUGGACAACCAAGUGGCAGAAGAUAGCGACCACGCCAAGCUUCGAUUUGAGUUUUACCAAUCAACGAUCCGGGUUCUUCUCGCGAUCAUGCGCAGGACUGCGAACCGCACUCGGCAACGAGUACGAUUACGCCUCAUUCCAGGCUAUCCUCGAUUGUGCGAACUUGGUCAUCCAAACGGACGACAAGGCCGGAAACGAACGGCAGUCCCAGCCGCAUUAUGUGGCUAAGCCGGCCUAUCAACGACCAGCACAUAACAAUGCUGUGAUUUCUGAAGAAACAGUCGAUCUCCACGCUGCAGCAACAUCCUCGAGUGAUGGAGGAAUUGUAGCAGCGCUCCCGCCGAAGCGUCCCAAGAGAGUUCGGAAGAACAAGGCGACACAAGAGACGGCAUCGACGGGAACUGGGCAGCAGCCAUGGACGGCUUACAAGAUAACCAAGGAUGUCGAUGACCUUCGUCAAAACGAAGAGGAACUCGAGGUGCUUCCCGCACAACUCGAUGACAUUCUCGACAAGGGCUGGAUUCGCCCUAGUUGCUCGCCAUACGGUUUCCCUGUUCUCUUCGUCCGGAAGAAGAACAAAGAUCUACGGUUAUGCAUCGACUAUCGCAAACUUAACGCACAAACCGCAAAGAACGCCGGCCCUCUCCCUCGGAUUGAUGAUCUUCUUGAGCGGUUACGCGGCGCGACGUACUUCUCGAAGUUGGACUUGAAAUCGGGCUACCACCAGAUUGAAAUCCAGCCUCAAGAUCGGUACAAGACCGCGUUCAAGACGCGGUACGGACAUUUUGAGUGGGUUGUCAUGUCCGUUGGCCUCACCAAUGCCCCCGCAACUUUUCAAGCAGCUAUGACGACUGAGUUUCGCGACUUGCUCGAUCGCAGCGUCCUCAUCUACCUCGAUGACAUCUUGGUCUAUAGUAGGACGUUGGACGAGCACAUCACACACCUUCGCGCUGUUUUGAAUCGUUUGCGACUGGCCAAGUACAAAGCGAACCGCAACAAGUGCGAGUUCGCCAAGCAAGAGCUUGAGUAUUUGGGCCACUAUGUUACGCCGAAAGGCAUUCGUCCCUUAGCGGACAAGAUCCAAGCCAUCGUGGAUUGGCCGGAACCCCGUUGCACGACGGAUGUACGCUCUUUCAUGGGUUUGGCUGGAUACUAUCAGCGAUUUGUCGAGUCAUACUCGAAAGUGGCAUCUUCUUUGUCGAGACUUCAGUCCCCGAAGGUGCCCUUCGAGUUCGACGACGCAGCCCGUGGCGCGUUCACUACGUUGAAGGCAGCGAUGCAAGCCGCACGUGCCCUCCGUAUAUACGACCCCACCCUUCCCACCCAAGUGACUACGGACGCUUCGGGAUACGGUAUUGGUGCGGUGUUGGAACAGUGUCACGAGGACGGUUGGCAUCCGAUCGAGUACUUCUCCCAAAAGGUGCCUCUUGUCAACACUCUCGACGACGUUAGGAAGAAAGCGCUACUCGCGUUCGCCACCGUUCUCAAACGGUGGCGCCACUUUCUUCUCGGCCGUCGGCGUUUUAAGUGGAAUACGGACAACAAUCCGUUGACCUUUUACAAAACGCAGAACACGGUCACUAGCACGAUCGGUCGAUGGAUGUAUUACAUCGACCAGUUCGAUUUUGAUCCGUGCCACAUUCCCGGUCUCGCCAAUCGAGCUGCGGACGCCCUCUCACGACGGCCCGACUUUUGUGCCAUUGUGCUUUUCAAAAUGGACAAGUUUGGCCAUGGUUUUGAGAUCGAGUACUCUCAGAUUGCAGAGAACAAGGGACUGAACUUCAUGGGCUUCACAAAGCAAAUGUUGCUGGAAAUGUGCAUUUUCAGCGGAUGCGACUAUUUGGCCUCAUUGCCCGGCUUGGGUCUUAAGAAAGCUUAUACCCUAGUCAAGAAGUUCCGUGAUUAUCGAAAGAUAAUCAAACACUUGAAGUUCUCUGGCGUCCAGAUUCCUGACUCGUAUGAAGCCGAUUUCCGGCGGGCCAUUCUCACCUUUCAGCACCAGCUGGUGUAUGACCCUAUCAAGCGUCAAGCCGUGCACUUGCAUGAUCUGCCGGCGGACCAAACAUCAAUAAGCGCGGAGCUUGCGCAGCGAAUCGCUUCAGGGGUCGUGGAUCCAAUCACUCACAUGACGUUUGAUAGCGAGGACAAUCGACCGGCAGCAGAGAAGGCUUCACCGGAGAGUGGUGAGAUAAGUCCACCAACAGCUGCACCACAAGGUGCCAGUUUUGCGGGAGUGAAACGGAAAAGAGAGCGAGAGAGUCCAGCUUUGCCGGCUCAGAAAAACAUUAUCACCAAGUACUUCAGCUUGAAGACAACUCCCGCGGCUAAACAAGAUUUCCAACCGCCAAGGGCAACACCUUCGCAUGCGGAUUUUGACGUUUCCUUGUAUUCAUCGGGCAAGUUGAAGUCUUUGCCAGCAUCAAAUCCGAACGAUUCAAAUGGCACUGUUAGAAUUGGGAGUACAUUUCAGAUGACUCCACUCAAGAAUAACCCUUUCAAGAAAGCAGAGGACUGGACGAUUUUCAGGUGUCUGCACAACUCCGACGUCAGCAAUCAGCAGGAGCACGUAUCCAAGCGUAAGUUUUGGCAGGAGCUUGCGUUUCCUCCUUGUAGUGGUGGUAGUCCCGAGAAACGCAUUGGAGGGAAGAAAUUCUUGGAGGACACCGCACACCUUCGCCAAGAAGACCGAUGGCUGACACGGCAGCGGGUCGACGUAAGGGAAGCCGAUCGACUGUCUGCUGACGUCAACGAACUUGACAGACUGUUCCCUGUCAAAGAUCUUGAUAAAUGCCGAGAUGAACAGUUUGGCCGCUCUGUUCUACCGCUCAUUCCUGCAGAUCCAGUGGAUGCUGACAACCUGGACGUAAAGUUUCCAGUAGAUUCUGUGAAAUUGGAUGCAAAGUUUCCGGUAGAUUCUGCGAACCUGGAUGCGAAGUUUCGUGUAGAUUCUGCUAACUUGGAUGUAAAGUUUCCUGUAGAUUCUGCUAACUUGGACGUAAAGUUUCCGGUAGAUUCUGCGAACCUGGACAUAAAGUUUUCUGUAGAUUCUGCAAACUUGAAUGUAAAGUUUCCAGUCCCUGAUACGUUUGAGCUCCCGGCUCUCGACAAGAAGAGAGAACACGGUUGUGCUGAGUCAGCCGCUGCAGAUUGCAAGGAAUUGGACAAUGCAGGCACCUCCCCACCGAUUUCUGACGUCGAGAUUCCGGUGAAUGGUGUAGAGGGAAGCUCAGCUGUGCCAGCAUCGGCGACUGCAGAAGGACGGAAAGACUCAGACAGUCUUGACAGUCGGUUUGGUGUGAGGGACACGUCUGAGGAAAUGCUCGUUGACCCUCCCGCCCCCUCCGACAACCCUCACGCCCCGUCCGACAAUGCUCGUAGUGCAGAGGGUGCAAGCCCUAACCAUCCCAAUGCUGCAGAUGUAGAAAAUGUGCCAGAUAGAGAAGAAGAGCAAGAGGAACGAGGUGGACGGGCCGAUGGAGUUCAUUUCCCACUACCUGAAAGGCGUUCGCCGAACGGAGGAUCGGGCGAUCAUGAUCGUAAACCUGGCGGCAACGAGCACACAGAAGGGCCUGGUGAGAUUCUUGAGAAUAGUCCAGAGGAGAGGAGACUCAGGAAAGAUGUUCAGGAGCCAAGUGCAUGCGAGGUUGAUGCAUCUGCUGGCUGCGAGAUCAACGGGAACCCCCUCAGGCGUCUCUCAGAUAUUUCGGACUGGUGUUUUGACGAUAGCUCCGUCAGGCGGAACAGUUUGUCGUGCACCAGACGGAGCUCUAUGCCGAAUAUUGCCGGAGCACCUAGAAGGCAGUCCGCAUUUUGGCAGAAUGAAAAAGUGAGGAGAACCAUCGAGGAGUCUGCCGAGGAGCCACGUCCCCUGAGUAAGGCGAUCAAAGACGACAAAGGCAUGGGAAGAGAGCAGACUAGCGAAGCAUGCGGUAAUGGGAAGAAUAAGCAGUUUCACGAUCAAGACAUCCGGCAAGGGGACGAAGGUGCUGAGCCAAUCCACGCAAAGCAGUCCAAGAAACAGGGGGAACAUAAAGAAAGACUUGUUGGGGAGAAGAAGACAGGUGGGCAAUUGGCUACAGCGGCGGUGCAAUUGCCUGCAAGCACAGGACCUCUGCUCAAUCUCUCUCAUCUUUCAGAGUACAAGAAGGAUUUAAAUGAGGUUCUGGAUAAAGCUGCAUCUAAUCCAUCACACAGUUGAUUCUCGACUGUCCAGAUCCAAUGCAUGUUGGCGGCGGAACAAUCAAUUGCCUAAUGAAUGAAUGCCAAGGUGUGAG